UCACAAUAAUUUCGCCUGAAAAGACCAAUUCUCCAUCCACCACCAUCUCUGACCCACCCAAGCAACAAACUCAUAUAUAUAAUCACACUCUUUCUCCUCACUCUUCCUCUCUCAUUUCACCACUUCUAAGUUAGUUCUAACCGCCACAACAACUUUCCCUCCGUUUCUCACCUCCACGUGUCACUCCUCUAUUCGCCAACAAUUCCCUCUAAUUCACAAUGGACACCCCAAACUUUGGAAGAAAAAGAAAAAGAAAAACUACCGAAACAUUUCACCAUAAUAAACCUCCAUUCAAAAAAUUUACCUUCAUGGUGGAGGAAUGCCACUCCACCCUCACUUCCGACGAAGAAUCAUUCCCAUGUUCUUGCUCCGGUAACAUCAUUACCAAAUUCGAAGAAUCUCAAGAGGUUCAGAGUCCAGAGGAAGUUGAAACGUCCACCUGCCACGACCAAGUUAUAAGGAGAAGAGAGAUGAGCCUGUUAAGCGACCAGGAAGAGGUUGAUUCUAUAGAGAAGAAACCGCAAAAGAUGCCGUCCGAAUCGGAGCUUGAUGAGUUCUUCUCCGCCGCUGAAAAAAAUAUGCAGAAAAAGUUUGAAAACAAGUAUAAUUUUGAUAUUGUGAAGGACGUGCCUUUGGAAGGACGUUAUGAUUGGGUUGAGUUGAAGCAGUGAAAAUUACCUCUUUUGGGUAUUGUUAGAUGCAGUUAAAAUUUCCACUUGCUGACACUAUUCUUAGGUUCAAUUUACUUUAGGUAGUAAUUGAUUUGAUAUCAAUUCAGAGAGUCUUAUCUAUCUAUCUAUCUUUCAUGUUUUUGAAGUACUCUUUUGUUGGUUGUUGUGUAAUGUGUACAGCUUUGUUUUUCUUCAUGGGCUAGUAAUUAUAAAAUUCUGAUUCUGUUCUGCUGGUU